AUGUGCAAACCCGCUUACUGCGCGAACGAGGACUGCCACAAGAAGACCUGGUGGGGCUGCGGCAACCACAUCGACUCGGUUAUGAACAGCGUCCCCGAGAGCGAGAAGUGCCACUGCGAGCCUCACAACCCGCUCGCGCCUGGCGUCGUGCCCGAGGGCGUCAAGAAGUGA